AUGGAGCAUAAUGAGGAAAGUGUGGGUAACGGUUGCCCUAUGAUUGACAUCAUGUCAGAAUCUCACUCCACCGGAAGAAACUCCGAACGAAAAGAAAGCAAGGCUCCAAAGGAAGCGACAGGCGUUGUACAGGGCCAAGAAGCGCCUCCCGGGUGCAGCUCCUACGCUGGCAGCUGUACAGGACGACCAACAGGCUGUACCUUCAACUUGCCCGGGUCAUCCUUAUCAGCAGCUUCUGCAAUCCUGCAACAACAACAACGAAGAAAUACGGACGACGAAUUGCUCAAUGAAAUCGCUGGACGAUACUCCACCCCACCGGAUGAAACACCAUCCGAGCAGAAGGCAAGGCUCGGCAGGAAGCGACAAGCGCUGUACAGGGCCAAGAAGCGCCUCGCGGGAGCAGCUCCUACGGUGGCAGCUGUACAGGACGACCAACAGGCUGUACCGUCUACUUCGGCCGGGACAUCCUUAUCAGGAGCUCCAGCAAUCUUGCAACAACAACAACUACGAAGGAAUAUUGACGAUGAUUUGCUGAAUGAAAUCGCUGGACGGUACUCCACCCCACCGGAUGAAACACCACCCGAGAAGAAGGCAAGGCUCGCCAGAAAGCGACAGGCACUGUACAAUGCCAGGAAGCACCUCGCGGGAGCAGCUCCUACGCUGGCAGCUGUACAGGACGACCAACAGGCUGUACCGUCUACUUCGGCCGGGACAUCCUUAUCAGGAGCUCCAGCAAUCUUGCAACAACAACAACUACGAAGGAAUAUUGACGAUGAUUUGCUCAAUGAAAUCGCUGGACGGUACUCUACCCCACCGGAUGAAACACCACCCGAGAAGAAGGCAAGGCUCGCCAGAAAGCGACAGGCACUGUACAAUGCCAGGAAGCGCAUGGUGCAAACUCCGAAUGUCGCAACUGUGGUCAACCGCGCCCCAGCACCAGCAUCAGCACCAUGGCCUGGAGAGCCGCCCUCUGUGUGCUGCAACAGUGGACAAGUUGUGCUUCCACCGUUUCCUGAACCGCCAGCAGAGUUGCGCCAACUAUUUGACGUGCCGCAAUUUCUGCUCAACAUCCGGCGAUACAAUAAUGCGUUUGCCUUCACCUCUAUCGGUGCCUCAAUACGAGGAAAUGACCCAGUACGCCAGGAUCUACGAGUCGGUCACGGUGGAAUUUACAACUAUCGCAUACAAGGACGUCCACCAUGCUACGCACAGCUGUACUUUUAUGAUUCAAGCUCGGAGGGUCAGUACGACGAAAUGCUGAACGCUCGGGCCAAAGCAUAUGAGAUGUUUAAGCAUGCGUACGAACGGAUGUCUGUUCGAGAUGAUCUGCGGCUUUGCAUCCACUCGCGUAUACCAGGCAUCGAUCAACGGCGUUACAAUGCACCGACUGCAGAUGAAGUUGGUGGCGUGUUCGUGUGCGAUGAUACUACCGGAGCCACGGAACAUACACGCGAUAUUGUGCUGCAGCAUCGUGCCACAGGAUACUUGCAGCCUGUGUUUGAUACCAACCAGUUGGCAGAUGCACUCCAAUACCCGAUUCUGUUUCCGCGGGGUGAAACCGGUUGGACUUACGGUAUGCCAAAGGUACAGCGCCGAACCAGACAGCAGCAACAACCAAGCAGACCAACAAGUUCGAGCAACGGAGCGGCGCACAUAGAUGAAAAUGAUGAUGCUGCUGAGGAUCCUAAUCUUGAGUUGGAUGGAGCAGACCGUUCAGCAAAUCAAAUAACGCCACGCGAAUAUGCCGCAUAUCGCAUAGCCUGGCGGGAAAACGCUCAAACGCUUAUGCAUCGUGCCGGACGAUUGUUUCAGCAGUACUGUGUAGACCAGUACUGUAAGAUCGAGAUGCAGCGGUUGAAAUAUUUGCGAGAGCACCAGGCACAACUUCGCACUGAGGCGUACACGGGCUUUAUGGAUCUUGCCGGCGCUGAAGGUACCAUCGCGGAUCUUCAUCCCGAUUAUUUGCCUAAUGUGGCUGUGGAAAUCCCUGUAGUGCAAGAACCACCUGUUGCACCCCGUCGUUCCAUCAUCGAUCCGCCCUCGAACCUGUCGCGUACGGGCACGCGUGUUAUUCUCGGACCAUCAUUUGUCGGCAGCAAUCGAUAUAUGCGAGCGCAAUAUCAAGAUGCAAUGGCUAUUGUUCGAGCUUUGGGUAAACCGGACCUGUUUAUCACCGUCACGUGCAAUCCGAAGUGGCCGGAAAUCACACAGUGCCUACUUCCACGUCAGCAGGCCCCAGAUCGACCCGAUGUUAUCGUACGUGUCUUUCGGUUAAAGCUGAAAGCCAUACUGAAUGACCUAACCAUGGGAGCUCUCGGGAUUGAGGUAGCUCGCAUUCACGUGAUCGAGUUCCAAAAACGAGGCCUUCCCCAUGCACACAUACUCGUGAUUCUCGCCGAGGAAGACAAACCGCAGACCCCGGCAGACUACGACAAGUUCGUGUCUGCUGAACUUCCUAAUCCUGCAACGUCGUCGCAACUGUUUGAGACGGUACAGAGCUGUAUGAUGCAUGGACCGUGUGGGGCUGCCAAUCCUGCCGCACCUUGCAUGAAGGAUGGUACAUGCGAAAAAGGGUUCCCAAAGUCAUUCUGCGAACAGACGCGCAGCAUGGAUAAUGGCUAUCCAUAG